CUCUGAAUCUAUGAAAGUCGAUAGCCAGUCACUUUUCCAAUCCGGGGUAAUCCGUUUUGGGACGAAACUCCAUCCGGUUGGCUCGCUGGAUAAAUGGUUUCGUCCAAAACCGCGUACUAGCGUGCUAAAAUGUGUAUAGGCGCACUUCGGUCUCGCGCUGUUUUGGCGCACUUUGUAGUAGGGUAGAUUGCGGUUUGAGUCGCGAGUCAAACAGCAGCGUCAAGUCCCACUUCCAGCUGGUCAAUGUGGCGGCAGCAGCGCGAACCGGGGCGUGUUUGACGAUUUGAGUGUGUGACAUACGCGUGCGGUGGAAAUCUAUUUAAAGAAAUCGCCUUUUCCUGAUGUAGAAAGCGCUGCCUGACAGCCGAUAGUUUUGGCUCGGUGAGAGAAAUUGAAGUUGAAUUGAGAUUGAGAGUUCUUUGAGAAAAUGGCGGAGGUUGCGACACCCGGUGCGGAAAAGAGCCUCGACGACUUCUUCGCGAAGCGAGAUAAAAAGAAGAAGAAGGAGAAGGGAAAAGGAAAAGAAGCAGGCCCGGUGAGCGCCCCGGCCUCGGCCUCGACUUCGGCCUCGGUUUCGGCUUCGCUCAAGAAGGCCAAGAAAGACAGGGAGAAGUCGACGAAAAACGAGAACCAAGACGCGAACAUUGAGAAGGAGGAUGAGGAAUGGAAGGAGUUUGAGCAGAAGGAGGUGGACUACAGUGGCCUGAGGCUUCAUGCUCUGCAGAUCAGUGAUGAAAAAGAAGAGGAGGAGUAUGAAAAAGAAGAAGUGGGCGAGGAUGGUGAGAUCAUACUAGUCAGUGGAGAUAAAGUAUCCGGCCCUUGGAACAAAUCUGGACCUCCUCCACCGACUGCUCCUGUGGCCGAAGAGAAAGAAGUUCCUGAGUCCAAGCCUGCUGGUGUAUAUCGUCCCCCUGGGGCUCGGUUAGGUGUAAAAAAGGCACCGACGCAGGGGCCUCCUGAGAUCUUCAGUGAUGCGCAGUUCCCCUCGCUUUCAGCAACUGCCAAACAUGUGGAGACCCGCAAGGACCGAGAGAUUGAGAAGACGUUUGAGGUGGUCAAACACAAGAGCCGUGCCAGAGAAGGGGAAGGUCAAGGAGCCGUGCAGCAUUUACAGUUAGACAACCAAUUUUCUGUUCUAGAGGAUAAAUAAGCAACACUGUCCUGACCCCUCAGCCCACCACCAGUGGCGCAGUCCGAAACCACAGGGCGAGAUGACCUGCCGUUGUACUGAUGCAGUUCUGAUCAUGCUGGAGAUGCCACACACACACGCGUCUAUACUACAUGGUUAAUUAUUUUCCCUUUUACACCCACAGCUCUCUCUCUGACACUGACACACAAUUCCUCUCUCUGUCUGUCUCUCACACACACACACACACACACACACACACACAGACUGACACACAUCUCUCUCUGUGACACUGACACACACACACCUCUUUCUGACACUGACUGACACACACCACACAGACAUUCGUACAGUGCCCUCAAGUACUUCACUCACUUGGCUGGCCAAGCUGAUCUCUUCUUGAACACAUCCAAAAGGGCUGCGGCAAAGGGGACCGAGUGACUAAUUUUUCCUUCUUAUGACAGUGAAAACAAGCAAACUUCUCUGAUGGUGGAUUUAUUUAGAGCAGUGGAUGGUUGAAGAGCUGCGAAUAGGACAUCAGCUGACCCCUGAGAAAGCCUUUUCUGAGGAUAGACUCUUAUAUGAUCAAUUGAACUUCUGUUGAAAUUACACACAUCUGUAUUUUUGUUUUUUUUUUUUUUUUGCUUUGCUAAAAUCAGCAGAACUCCUGAAAGUGAAGUUGUUUUCUUUUCAUGACAUGAGCACAGGGAGUGUUUAGGUCAGGCCAGAGAUGAGGGUAAGACUAUUUUAGUUGCAGAUCUGUGGUUAAGAGUCCUUGGGCCUGAUCACAAUCCCAGCUGAAGAGGAGCAUUUAACACUUCAUCUUAGACUUGAAUGUUCUUUUUUUCCUUCCCUCCCCCCUUUCUUCUGCUUUUGGGGCUCUAAAGCUUAUGGUAUUUGAAUCGAUUCUAUUAAAAGUGGCCUUACUGUAAAGAGUAAACACAUAGAAGAGUGAUUUGAAAUAUAUAAAUAUAUAUAAGUGAGAAAUGUCUAUCAUCCUCUGGAGAGAUAAUUGCUGAGUGUGUGAAAGUCUGCUGCUUGCCUCAAUCGUUCCACUUUGAGGAGUAAAAACCACCUCCCUGCUUCCUUUGACUGGAUUGUAGUGCUAAAUUGUAGUUGACAUUUUUUUUUUCUGGACUUCUGCUUCAGCACAGAUUGUUUAUUGCAAAAAAAACAUUUAUUUGGUGCAAGGCUUACCGUGUUCAGAAAAACUGACCUUAUUUUGAUUAACUGCUUCCAUAUGUUUUUUCCCUUUUCCUCUCUUUCUACCCUUUUCAGUAUACUUUUUAUCUGAUUUCAUGAUUGGCAAACCAGAAUUAAAGCAUAACCUUCGAAA